AACACGGGAAGGCAUAUGGGGGCGGGCAAGCGGGCGUGUACCAAAUAGGUACCUACAGUACCUACACUCGCUACGGGCGGCACAGUACUUACAGCCCGUCGGGCGCGCCUCUCCCCUUCCCUUCCUUUCUUCUCCUUUCAACCCAAAAUCAACAACGCAAACAAACCUGCACGAUUCCCAUCGAGAAUCACCCGUCACAGUCCCAGAGGAUCACGCCGCCAGCUCUGCCAGCCUUGCUAUCUCUUGCUUUGACCCAAGUAGCCGUCCGUCUGCAACCCAGUCGUCUCGCCGCGGCUCCAGCAUUGCGUCAGACCACUUCUCUGAAGCACAUCGCAACCAAACAACGCAAACAUGGCUUCUCUGGCAUCGGCUGCUCGUGACAUCCCCAAGGCCGCCUCCUCGAACCGAGACAACUUAGCUGUUGUAGCGGAUCGGAGCGGCCCGGCGACUGUGGCGCGUUCUCAUACCCUCCCGACUCCCCCCAACUCCAUCUCUCCGGCCCUGCCCGCUCAUGGCCUCAAGGCCCAGUUGCAAAAGGCCAAGCUCGAGCCCAUCGACUCCGACUUGGACCUGCACGACCACCCCGACAUCCAUGAGCGGUCAACAUCCCCCGCGACCACCCACGAGGCCUCGGGCGCCAUCACCAGCGCCCUCCUGGCCAAGUACCACCUCCCAGAGAUCCUGCUCAACCACGGUCCUCUGGCGAUACGGCACAUCAUGGGCUACCUGACGACGUCGGUACCGGGCUUUUCGGGUAUCCCGCCGACAAAGGCUCGUCGAUUGGUUGUGGGCGCCCUGGAGGGACGAGGGGGAGAGGGAGGAGGCUUGGAAGGAGACGUCGAGUUCGACAAGGUAGGAUGGGGGCGGUGGGAUGCCCGCCGGCGGGGGUUCGCCUCGCGCGACCGCCAAGGCACCCCGCCACCCUCGGCCGGCGCAGCCAUUCCCAUCUCCAAGGUUGGCCCAAGGGGCCAGGACUGGGCCCGCCUCAAUGUCUCCGCGUCCGUGGGCGAGGAGUCGGUACACUUCUCCAACGACGACGAACACGACGACGUCCACAUGAUGGAGACGGAGGCGGACAAGAUGUCCCUGGACGGUUCCGCGUCAGCGUCGUGCUCGGAAGCACCAGACGACGACGUGGCCAUGAACGACGACCCCGAGGAUGUGACUGACGAUGAGGACUGGGCGGCCAUGGGCGCUGCGGCUCUCCGAGCCGAGUCGUAUCCGAACAUGGCCGCCGCUCAAUCAAGCGGUGCUCUUCGAUCUCCCAACUUUGCUCUCCCCGGUGGACUGCGAACAUUUUCCGUGAGCUCGGGCAUGGCGCGCCCACCACCACAACCGGCAAACCUCGACCUCGCUGUCCUAAGCGGCACACCCGAUGCCCAGGAGCGCGAGGCCGUCGAGGCUCUUCUACGACUCGGUUCUGUAUAAUACCAAUUUGCAUGCAAGGCGUUCUGGAGGCAUGGGGCGGUUUUUUUGGCCCCUCUUUGGGUGGCAAUGUCUGGCCCGCCAUGGCUAGGCUAUCCGGCGGCUGGGCCACGGAACGCGUGUCUCGCACGAUUGGAGGCGGCGCCCUCGACAUCAUACCAACUAUGUUCACGAUGACACGGUUCUACACUUUUCUUUUUUAUUUUUCUCGAUAAUCACGGCCAGGCUCGCACCAUCCGAGCUCCUUCUGGCUUUUUCUUCGCGGCGAUUGGUCGCCCGUUUUUGAGCAUGGCCCUCUUCGGGCAUACAAUGGGCUGGCACAUUGGGGUUGGAACCCAACUCCCCCCUUUUUUGACAAAGAGCAUACCGAGGGGGAAGCUGUUGCAUCCAAGACAGGCAUAUAUGGCACGACAGAGCAAUCAAGAAUGCUGUCCCUCGGGCAGGUGUUCCCGUCUGGCUUUCCAAUCCGUCCGGCGAUAGGCUGUCUAUGAUUAUCGAGGGUCAAGAGGGUGCUUUCACAAAGCCAGGCCCUUACGCUACUUCUGUGGCCGCGGGCGACACUGAGUGUGGUGAAGUCGGUGCUUGUGGAUGGCGGAAGAUGGCUCGAUGCGAGUAGCGGAGACGUAGACGACUAUUGUCGUGCCUCAGGAAAUCGACGGUGAGGGGCUCGUCGAGACGAGGUGAUAAAUGCCAUGAAGGCAACGAGUUAGGUCAGGACGAGAGUGAUUAUGCUGUCAUUCCUAUGUCGGUGUGGCAAGGGACGCGGUGAGAGAGUGGCGACGGGGAGGUGGAUGGCGAGGGCUCGACGUGCGCGCGAGUGUAUGCAGAGCAUAUAGGCAGAUAUAGGUGUACGUCGACGAGAGGGUAUCUUGUUGCGCGGCACAAACAUACAAACAUGCCUGGUCCCCCCGGAGGCGACG